UGCCUGCGGGCGCAGCCCUGGGCGGCUCUAUUGUCUGCGCUGUCCUUGCGGCCAACAGGCAUCGUGUAACAACAAUAUAUAUAUGUAUAUAUAUUUUUUUUCAGCGAAAAGUAUUUUUUUUUCGAAUACGGAUGUUUUUGUUCUGCUAGCCUGGCUCUUUGUGGAUCUCUUCCCCACCCGUGAGGCCCCUGGUUGAGUGGGUGGCUGCUCGCUGUGGGCUGGACCAUGCAGUGGUCGUGGUCGGGGUGGCGGUGGCUUUCAGCCUGGUUGUUUACAUCUCAGCCUGUGUUUUAGCGUGAUGCUCCACCGUUUAGCUGGUGGCGAAAAUGGAAUUAUGAAAUGGGAGCUUGAAGCAGAGGUUCAGUUGGCUUUCGGGUGUUUCAAAGAUGACCGUAUUGUGUUCUGGACUUGGAUGUUUUCAACGUAUUUUAUGGAGAAAUGGGCCCCCCGGCAAGAUGAUAUGCUCUUCUAUGUCCGUCGAAAACUGUCCUAUGUCAGUGGGGAUAGUACAGAGGGGAAAAAGCAGGUUGAAGUUGAAGUUUACCGAAGAGAUUCUAAGAAGCUUCCUGGGCUGGGAGACCCUGACAUUGACUGGGAAGAGAGCGUCUACUUGAACCUCAUUCUACAGAAGCUGGAUUAUGUGGUGACGUGUGCUGUGUGCACACGCUCCGAUGGAGGAGACAUUCACAUUCACAAAAAGAAAUCUCAGCAAGUGUUUGCAUCUCCUAGCAAACACCCAAUGGACAGCAAAGGAGAGGAGUCAAAGAUCAGCUAUCCCAACAUAUUUUUCAUGAUCGACAGUUUUGAAGAGGUUUUCAGUGACAUGACUGUAGGAGAAGGAGAAAUGGUCUGUGUGGAGCUGGUUGCCAGUGACAAAAGCAACACCUUCCAAGGAGUGAUUUUUCAGGGGUCCAUCCGCUAUGAAGCACUCAAGAAGGUCUAUGACAACAGGGUGAGUGUUGCAGCAAAGAUGGCUCAAAAAAUGUCUUUUGGCUUCUAUAAAUAUAACAACAUGGAGUUUGUCCGAAUGAAAGGGCCACAAGGGAAAGGACACGCGGAAAUGGCAGUGAGUAGAGUUUCUACUGGUGACACUUCACCAUAUGGUACAGAAGAGGACUCAAAUCCAGAUUCCCCAGUGCAUGAGAGAGUCACUUCUUUCAGCACACCACCAACCCCAGAACGCAACAAUCGCCCAUCCUUUUUCUCCCCAUCCCUUAAGAGAAAAGUGCCUCGAAAUCGAAUUGCUGAGAUGAAAAAAUCCCACUCAGCAAAUGACAGCGAGGAGUUCUUCAGAGACGAUGAUGGUGGAGAUCUACACAAUGCAACAAAUCUGAGGUCGCGGUCCUUAUCUGGAACAGGACGGUCUCUGGUGGGCUCAUGGCUGAAGCUGAACAGAACAGAUGAAAAUUUUCUACUCUAUGCACACUUAACUUACAUCACUUUGCCAUUGCAUCGAAUUUUAACAGAUAUCCUGGAAGUGCGGCAGAAACCAAUUCUGAUGAUAUAGCAGAGAGCGGGCACAGCCUUGGAGCCUUGUUGCCAAGUGCCUAACCACAGCGGUUUUCUGUGCUAACACUACCAUCUAGUGUCAGGAACAUAAACCUCCACUGGAAAAAGGGAAGUCAAAGAAUACCAGCCGAUCAAAAGUGCCUCUUUCUUCCUUCCUCUGCUGUCAUACACCGUAUGCACAUUUGCAGUACAUCACUUGAGCGUUUCUGACUGGAAGAGGACUUUCAGCAAAAUAAAACAAGAAGGGGCUGUGUUUAAACGGAGUCAAUGCUUUAUGAACAGUUUAUUACUGUGUUUACUUUAUAACUAAGAAACCAACAAUAUGUACAGAAUGUGAUAAACUUUAUAUUUGAGAGAAACAAUUUGAGAAUUUCAUAAUGAUGUACUAAUGAACGUCAUUCCAUAGACUCUC